AUGCCCACUUCCUCUACUCCACCCGCGCCGGCGACGCCUGCGUCCGCCGCCGCCACCCCACGCCGACGCCGGCGACGCCUCCUCCCGUCCAGCGCAAACGCCUCCUUCGCCGCCUCUCCGUCGUCCUCCCCAUUCUCCUUCUUCGCGCCCUCGCCGUCGCCCUUCCACCGGUUCCUCCCCUCCCCGCUGCGCGCCUCCACCGUGCCCUUCUCGUGGGAGCACCGCCCGGGCAUCCCCAAGACGCCCGCGCGGGCCCGCUCGUCCAAGACCGGCGGCAAGAAGCCGCUCCCGCUCCCGCCCUCGCUCCUCUGCAGGUCCGACGACCCCUACGAUCCAUCCUCCGUCGUCCCCGUCGAGUACGCCGCGCUGCCGGCCGGGCGCCUCGGGAGGGUGCGCGUCCAACGCCGCCGGAGGCAGCGCGUCGGCAACGCCCUCGCCGAGUGGUGCUCCGCGUUCAGCCUCUACCGCUCCUGCAAGCGCGCCGCCGCCUGCCUCGCCGCCAAGCUCAAGUCCGCGUGAAUGAAGAUAGGCCAAGAUAAGUGCUGUGCGCGCCCGCGCCGCCAUUGAUGGUGGAAUCUCGCUCUCCCAGAUGCGUGCUAAGUGCAUGUGCCCGCGUGCUCCUAGCAACACUAGGUACGCGCGGCCUUGCUGUAAAUUAGCAAAGCUGGGUUCAGGGAGAGCAUAUGAUUUGAUUGGAUCCUUUGAUGUAUGUGCUUCGUAGAGAUUUUGGUCUCCUAAUAAUUCGGUGGCCAUGCUGUGCUUUAGUGCACUAUAAUUGGAUAUAUACAGCUUUUUUUUCUAGCAUCAUACCAACCAACCUUUAUCAAGCUUAAUUUGUGGUUGAGUUGCUCUAUGUUUUGGACGUAUUCUGCUGAUCAAGUCUGUAAAGCCUACGUGCGUGAAUUUUAUGUAUAUAUACUUAAACAUAUAGUUAUAUGCCACCCAUGCAUGCACA